UGUGUGUGCAUGUGCCACGUAUUCAGCAGAGAGCAGAGCAGUUCAGGAAUCCCCUUUCAUCAGUUUUUCAGAAAGAGAAGAGAGCUGGGCUCCUGAUCUUAGCUGAGUCAUGUCUGGACUGAAUGCGUCCCUCGGAUACUUCCUGGCUGUCGUGAUUUUUGCAACUUUGGUGCGAACGCUCUUCAACAAAUGGCCCCGUCUCCAUUUCAUGGCAGAGUUUGCCUCUUCUUUCAUGCUGGUGGCAUGUUGGUUGGAGGUUCAGACCAUAGUGGAGGUGGGCGAGUGGGCUGGGGGUUUGGGUCCAGAUGUGACUGCGACCAUGCUGCUUGUGGUGCUGCUGACUCAUGGUGUGAUCAGUGGGGGGGCAUCAGGGAACCCCAGCUUGGCUGUGCAGAAGUUCCUGCAGCUGGAGGACAGCGCCCUGUCCACCCUGCUGACGGUGGCAGCCCAGUUUCUGGGGUCUCACGCGGGCCUCCUUGCAGCAGGGUUUUACUGGAGGCUGGAGCUGACGGACAUGCACAUGAUCAAAAACCUGAUGUCUAGUGAGUGCACUACUUCCCUGCAGGUCCCUGUGCUGCAGGGCUUUUCCACAGAGUGCAUCUGUGCAAUCGUCUUCCACCUCCUCUGCCUGAGCCUGAAGCGCAGAUCUGCUCUGAUUGGCCUUCCCCUGGUUGCUCUCCUCCGAACAUUGCUUUCUCAUUCUGCCCGACGCUACACUUCAGCUUUCAUGAAUCCAUCUUUGGCGUACGGACUCACCUUCCUCUGUCCUGGAUUCACCUUCACAGAGUAUGCAGUGGUCUACUGGCUGAGCUCCUUCACAGGGAUGACUUUGGCUCUUCUGUUGUACAUGGGCCACAUUCCCAGGAUGUUUGCCAAAAACCUGCUGUAUUUCCAGAAGACGCGCUUCAGAGUGCCCAAAGGAGACAAAGCAGAGAAGAAAAAGUUGUGAAUGAUGGAAAAAACACACUCAAUGCUUAAGAUGCAUUUAUUUCAGACAAAGUAUGGAGAAAAAAAAAAGACCAACUGAGAAAAAUGGUCAAAGGAUCAAUCCUCAUCUCUGGUUUUCAAUAAAACCAAGUUUAAGAAA